AUGUCUAUGCUUCUAAGCCGGCUCUCCAAGCUCCGUUUUGGGGAAGCUAGAAGAUCAACUCUUCUACUUGUCUCUAAUGCCUUCUCUUCUUCAUCAAUCCAAAAGCAAACCCCUCCUUACUUCAUCACUGGCGCUGAACCUUGUGGAGAGGGUUUUCUCGGAAGACUCAGCAUUAGCCAUGCUAAUAAACCUGUUAGUACUGAAAUUCAGUUGGAAAAGAAGGUCCCAGGGGAGUUGCUGUACAACGAUAUAUUUAAAACAAUGGUAACAAUCGGUUCAUCCCAUGGCUGGGUGGCUACUUUGAAGGAAGACGACUUAUUGCGUCUCCAAGACGAUCUAAACCCGUCUGCAUCGGAUACAGACCCUAAACACAUCCCACUGCCUCCUCUUGUAACUUGGUGGAGUCAGUAA